CCUACCACGGACCCGACCUCAGAGCCAACCAACAGGGCGACCAAGCUCAAUUAGCUCAGACUACUCAGCUACCGCCUGUCCGCUCUCAAUUGCUCCAUACCCUACAUGGCGAGGGUUCACCCCAACAUGGUGGCCGCGCCGGGCGCCGUCGACGAGGCGCCGGCCAGCUCCGCGGUGGACGGGCCGACGACGCUGACGGUGUGGCGCAAGUCCCUGCUGUUCGACUGCAAGGGGUUCACGGUGUUCGACGCCGAGGGCAACCUUGCCUACCGCGUCGACAGCUACGCCUCCGAGAGCGGCGACGAGGUCGUCCUCAUGGACGCGGCCGGCCGCCCCGCCUUCACCGUCCGCCGCAAGCGGUUCACCCUGCAGGGCGAGCAGUGGCUCGUCUUCUCCGGCGAGGAGACGCGGAGGCCCGUGUACACCGUCAGGCGGAGCGGCCGCGGCAAGACGUUGGCGCACGUGACGGCGUGCGCGGGCACCGGCGCUGGGCCGUCUUACGAGGUGGAGGGGUCGUACGCGCGGCGGAGCUGCGUGGUGUACGACGGCGAGCGGCGCGCGGUGGCGGAGAUCAGGCCCAAGGAGGUGGUCGGCACGGACGUGUUCCGCCUGGCGGUGCAGCCCGGCGUGGGCGUGCCGCUCGCCAUGGCAGUGGUGGUGGCGCUGGAGCAGAUGUUCGCGAGGCCGUCGCUCCUCAGGAGCUGGUCCACAUAGAUUAUAUAGUUAAUUAUAAUUUGUUUGUUCAUCGGAGUACGUCUCAGUAUAGCCAAGCUUAUAGCUUUUUUUUGCCCCUUGCGCUCAGUUUGGGGUUGGAAUUGAGACCGUGUCGAUCGAUCUGUGGGUGUGGGCAUGAGAGCAAGCCGAUCUGUUCGAUGAUGCCCUCCAAAUCAAUCGCAUAUACGUACAUACAUACUACUAUAGUAUGGCCAAAUGAUGUCUUUUUGGUCUGUCGCUGUGUACAUAUUCCUUCAAUCCAGAGAGUGAAAUAAUAUAAACAGUUCUUCUGUA